AUGUCAGAACACGAUGAAAUUAAAAACAAAAGCCGUCCUUGGAUUGACCAGAUUCAAUCUUAUAAUGACUUAUAUCGUGAGGAAGAAAACAAAAUAGAAUUGAGCCCAGGAAUAAAACUAGGAUGGGUCAAAGGCGUGUUGAUCCCAUGUCUACUCAGUAUCUGGGGCGUAAUGUUAUUCUUGCGGAUGCCAUGGAUUUUAGCACAAGCUGGAAUAUUUCAUUCAAUCAUAAUUAUUUUUAUUUCCCUGCUUAUUAUUCUAAUAACAACUUUUUCACUGUCUGCGAUCAGUACAAAUGGAAAAGUAAAAGGAGGGGGUCUUUAUUUCAUUAUUUCCCGUUCGAUUGGUCCAGAAUUUGGAGCGUCAAUUGGUAUUUUAUUAGCAUUAGCAAACACUAUUUCUGCGGCUAUGAAUGCAAUUGGAUUUUGUGUAUCUUUAAGAUCAUUGUUACAAUCAAGACAUAUAUCUAUAAUAGAUUCAAAUGUUAGAUUCAAAGCAUUAGGAGUAGUAUCUAUAAUAAUUAUGAGUAUACUUUGUUGUAUCGGCAUGGAUAGAGAAGCUGAAGUACAAAAUGCUCUUCUUAUUGCGAUAAUUAUUGGUAUUUUUAAUGUCAUUAUUGGCUCAUAUAAUGGCCCAAAAAGUACCUUAGCUAAGGCAUCAGGCUUCACUGGAUUCGACAUGAAAACGUUUAAAGAAAACUGGUAUUCAGACUAUAGGGUUGAUAAUAACGUUCAGCAAUCUUUUUUUUCAAUUUUCGCUGUGUUUUUUCCAUCUGUAACUGGUAUACAAGCUGGAGCAAAUAUAUCGGGAGAUCUUAAAGAUCCUAGUGAUUCAAUACCAAAAGGAACAUUAUUAUCAAUUAUCAUCAGUAUAAUUUCGUAUAUUGUAUUGAUAGUAGUUCCUGGAUCAGUUCAAUUGAGAGAAGCUAGUGGCAACGAGAACGAAUUUCAAGAUGGAUACUUUUCGAAUUGUUCGUUUAGAAAUUGCACAAAGGGAUUGUAUAAAGACAUAAAUGUAUAUCAGUCGAUUUCAUUAUGGCCGAUUACUAUUUAUUUCGGAUGUUUUGGAGCUACUAUUAGUACUGCUUUAACAGCAUUAAUAUCCGUUCCAAAGCUGUUACAGCGAAUGGGACAAGAUGAUGUUUAUCCGCUUCUUAAAUAUUUAGCAAAAGGCUAUGGGAAAAGUAACGAACCCUAUCGUGCACAUAUAUUUGCCAUGAUUGUGUCAUCAAUAAUAGUUAUUAUCGGUGAAUUAAAUGAUAUUGCCUCAGUGAUCUCAACUAUUUAUUUAUCUGCCUAUGCAUUGUUAAAUUUGUGCACAUUUCAUGUCGAAUAUUUUAAGCCUUUGGGUUGGAGGCCUACAUACAAGUUUUAUAACAAAUGGUUAAGUCUUGCUGUAGCUAUAAUCUGCAUUUCAGUAAUGAUAUUUAUUGAUUCACAAAUGUCAUUAAUUAUUGGAAGUGCUAUAUGUGUUUUGUACAUACUUGCUGGUAGAAAAAAAGAAGUUUUAAAUUGGGGAUCUUCUAUGCAAACACAACAAAUAAAAACAGUUAUAAAAAACGUGUACAAGGCCGAUACAAUUCAAUACCAUAUCAAAAACUAUUUACCUAAUUUAAUUGUGUUUUCUGGAAACCCUGAGUCAAGAAAAAAAUUAGUUUCUUUAGCCCAUUUGAUUACGAAGAACAAUGGUGUACAGAUGUGUGUCAAUAUUGAAAAGAUAUCGAUUACGCCGAGGCAAAAGCAAAUAUGUCUUGACAAAGGAAUUCAGUGGUUAAGAAAGUCUGGAAUCAAAUCCUUAUAUGUUAUCAUUGAUAACAUAGAAUUGGAUUUAGCAACAUACUUGAUAUAUAGUUGUGGGCAUGGACAAUUGAGACCAAAUAUAGUAAUGGUUGGAUACAAGUCAGAUUGGUUAAAUUGUCCGUAUCAAGACCUUCAAACUUAUUUAAAUAUUUUCAAUGUGGCAAAUAUGAAUAACAUGUCAACAAUCAUGGUUCGUGUGCCAUCAACCGAGAUUCAUGAUGAUCAGAAUUUAUUAAUUCAAGAUUUUAAGCACUUAAACAAAAAUGAAGAAGUUCCGUGCAAAACGCAAUUGGAUAAAAAUAUGAGAAAUCAACAAAAGGUCAAUGAUUGCUUUGUUGUUAAUAUGAAGAACAAAGAAUUUUCAUUCGAGAAGAAGAAACGAAAUCAUGGAACUGUCGAUGUGUGGUGGUUAUACAACGAUGGAGGUCUAUCGUUAAUCAUUGCAUUUAUAUUAAAGCAUAGUACUGCGUGGAAAAAUUGUAAAUUUCGAAUUUUCGGAGUAACAAAUAAAGUUGAAUGUUUGCCUGAAGAAAAAAACAAAUUAAAACAAUUGUUAUCACUGUAUCGAAUUAAUUUCGAUUACUUGGAUAUCAUUUUAUCAAGCACCGCUGGUCCUACAACAAUGAUAUAUUUCAGUUCUUUAUUGAAACGUGCAACUUCCAAAGAAAAUCAAUUUGAAGAUUUCAAUUUACAAAAAGAGUAUAUUGCUGAAACGUUGUUUUUAAGAGAUUUAAUUGAAUUACAUUCAUUUAACUCUGAUCUUAUCAUCUUAACGACUCCAAAAAAUAACGAAGAAAUCAAUCUACUAUUCAUGUGUUGGAUAGAAACGAUUUCUAGAGGAUUACCACCGUGUAUUAUAAUCAAUGGGAGUACUCAGUCAGUUCUUGCCGUCAAUGCUUAAGACAUAAAUAUAUUUAAUAUCCAAACAUUAAACAUUGUAUAUUUUAUUAUGUGUACAAUCAUGGACACUUGAAUUUUCUUUUA